CGAAAGCCGCGUAGAGGCCUAGAUAGUAUUUCCUCCUGGCAGCUUUCAUAUGAUCAGAGACCGCACGGGAGGGCAGUGGUUGUAGAUAGUCGCCAUCAUGGGCAGGUGCAAAGGCGAGGCUGCGUGGCUGCUGCUGUUAGCCGGGUUCCUGCUCCCAGCCGCGGCUCUGGAAUACGAGGGGGUCCCCGGUCAGUGGACGCGCUACGGCCGGUGGGACGCCACGGCGACAGGUGAGCUCAGCUUCAUCCUGAAGACCAACACCAGCAGAGCCCUGGUGCUCUACCUGGACGACGGGGGGAACUGCGACUUCCUGGAGCUGCUCAUCGCGGACGGGCGGCUCCACAUGCGCUUCACCAUCCACUGCGCCGAGCCGGCCUCCCUGCACACGGAGACGCGCGUCGACGACCUGCGCUGGCACCGGGUCCUUCUCUCCCGCCGCCACCGGGAGACGCGGCUGGCGGUGGACAACGAGGAGAAGGCGGCCGAGGUGAAGUCCAAGAGGAGCGAGAUGGUCGUGGCCAGCGACCUCUACGUGGGCGGGAUCUCCCCCGACGUGCGCCUCUCCGCCCUGACGUCCAGCACCGUCAAGUACGAGCCGCCGUUCCUGGGCCUGAUAGCCAAUCUGAAACUGGGGGGGGCCCUCCCAUUGCUCCUGGACGGCCAAGCGGUCCACAGCGACUUGGAGUACAUAUGUGUCACACACUCCCCAUGCGGCAAAAAGGGCCGGUGCUCCGUCAGCAAAGGAGAGGUUGUCUGCGACUGUAUCAAUACCAGCUACACGGGGAGGUACUGCAAUGAAGCUGUCCAGAAAGAAGUAGAAGGUCUGGCGCACCUGAUGUUAAACCGCCAAGUUUUUCGCCAAGGGCAGGAGGAGUCUGUAGCCACCUUCAAAGGCAAUGAAUUCUUCAGCUACAACCUUUCCCAGACUCCCAUUCAGAGCAGUUUGGAUGAGAUCACCAUGUCCUUCCGGACCCUGCAGAGGAACGGCCUGCUGCUUCACACAGGGAGGUCAGCUGACUACGUCAACCUAUCUCUGAGGAACGGGGCCCUGUGGCUGGUCAUCAACCUGGGCUCCGGCGCCUUCGAGGCCCUGGUGGAACCCGCCAAAGGGAAGUUCAACGACAACGUCUGGCACGAUCUCCGAGUGACGCGCAACCUCCGCCAGGUAACGAUCCUAGUGGACGGGAUUCUCACCACCACCGGCUACACUCAGGAGGACUACACCAUGCUGGGCUCCGACGAUCUCUUCUACAUAGGGGGCAGCCUAAACACAGCCGACCUGCCGGGCUCACCGGUUAGCAACAACUUCCUGGGCUGUCUGAAAGAUGUGGUCUACAAGAAUAACGAGUUUAGACUGGCUCUGUCACGACUGGCUGAACAGCAAGACCCAAAGAUCAGUAUCCAUGGUGACCUGAAAUUCAGCUGCCAGGACGUGGAAGCCCUGGAGCCGGUCACCUUCGACACGCCGUCGGCCUACCUGACCUUGCCCAGGUGGAACACAAAGAAGACGGGCGCCAUAUCUUUUGACUUCCGCACCACGGAGCCCGCGGGCCUGCUGCUGUUCAGCCACGGCAGCCUGCAGGGCACGCAGCCCAACAGGAAGCCCAGGGCCGACUUCUUCGCCAUCGAGCUGCUGGACGGCUUCCUUUACCUGGUCAUGGACAUGGGCUCCGGCAGCAUAAAGAUGAAAGCCGGCAACCAGAGGCUGGACGACGGCGAGUGGUGCCACGUGGAUUUUCAAAGGCGAGGGCGAAACGGCUUCAUCUCUGUGAACAGCAAAAGCGUCCCCUUCUCCGCCAACGAAGGCAGCGAGAUCCUUGACCUGGACGGCGACAUGUAUCUCGGGGGCUUACCCGACGACCGCCACGCCCUCAUGCUCCCCCCCGAGGUGUGGACCGCGUCCCUCGGCCUCGGCUACGUGGGCUGCGUGCGGGACCUCUUCAUUGACGGGCAGAGCCGCAACCUGUGGAGGCUGGCGGAGGUUCAGGGCGCUACGGGGGUCAGCAGCUUCUGCACCAGAGAGACUCACGUCAGGUGCGCGAGGGACACCUGCGCCAACGGGGGACACUGCCGGGAGGGCUGGAACCGCCACAUUUGCGACUGCAAUGCCACCGGCUACCUAGGUCCCAGCUGCGAGAAGGAGGCCACGGCGGUGAGCUACGACGGCAGCAUGUACCUGAAGGUGGUGAUGCCGAGGACGCUGCACACAGAGGCCGAGGACGUGUCCCUCCGCUUCAUGUCCCAGAGGGCCUUCGGCCUACUGAUGGCCAGCACCUCUCAACAGUCAGCGGACACCCUGCGUCUGGAGCUGGACGGAGGAAGAGUGAAACUCACUGUGAACCUGGAUUGUAUCAGGAUAGACUGUAAUCUCAGCAAGGGACCAGAGGUGCUCCUUGUAGGCGAGAAGCUGAAUGACAAUGAGUGGCACACGGUGAAGGUGGUGCGGCGCGGGAAGAAUCUGCAACUGUCUGUGGAUAAUGUGACAGUGGAAGGUCACAUGACUGGCGCCCACACCCGCCUGGAAUUCAGUAACAUCGAAACAGGGAUCAUGACGGAGCGGCGUUUCAUCUCCGUCAUGCCUUCCAACUUCAUCGGCCACCUGCAAGCGCUCUCCUUCAACGGGAUGCUCUAUCUGGACCAGUGCAAGAACGGAGACAUCUCCUACUGCGAGCUGAACGCUCGCUUCGGCAUGAGGCACAUCGUGGCCAAUCCGGUGACUUUUCUGGCGCAGGCCAGCUACUUGGCCUUCUCCACUUUGCAGGCCUACGCCUCCAUGCACCUUUUCUUCCAGUUCAAAACCACCAGCCCCGACGGCCUGAUACUUUACAACUCUGGAGAUGGCAGCGACUUCAUCGUGGUGGAGCUGGUCAAAGGGUACAUCCACUAUGUUUUCGACUUGGGAAAUGGUCCGUCGCUCAUGAAGGGAAACUCUGACAAGCCGCUGAAUGACAACCAGUGGCACAGUGUGGUGAUCUCCCGGGACAACAGCAAUGUGCACAUCCUUAAGAUCGACUCUCGUACCGUCACCCAACACGCCAACGGAGCCCGCAACCUCGAUCUGAAAGGGGAGCUGUACGUGGGUGGUGUUGGGAAGAGCAUGUACAGCAGCCUGCCCAGGUUAAUAGCAUCCCGGGAGGGAUACCAGGGCUGCCUGGCGUCCGUGGACCUGAAUGGAAGACUCCCCGACCUGCUGGCUGAUGCCCUUCACAAGGUGGGGGAGGUGGAGCACGGCUGUGGAGGUCCCAGCACCACCUGUACAGAGGACUCCUGCCACCACCAGGGCGUGUGUCUGCAGCUGUGGGAGGGCUUCUCGUGUGACUGCACCAUGACCACCUACGGGGGGCCGUUCUGCAGCGACCCUGGAACCACAUACAUCUUCGGUAAGGGAGGGGCUCUCAUCACAUUCACCUGGGCGCCCAACGAGCGGCCGAGCACCAGAGCGGACCGCUUAGCCGUGGGCUUCAGCACUCAGCAGAAGGAUGCCAUCUUGGUGCGAGUGGAGAGCACCCAUGGGCUCGGAGACUAUCUCCAGCUGCACAUAGAUCAAGGAAAAAUUGGUGUCAUCUUCAACGUGGGGACAGAUGACAUCACCAUCGAUGAGCCUGCUGUCAUGGUAAAUGACGGCAAGUACCACGUAGUGCGCUUCACACGCAGCGGUGGCAAUGCCACGCUCCAGGUGGACAACCAUCCGGUCAUUGAGCGUUAUCCACCAGGACACUUUGAUAAUGAGCGACUGGCUAUUGCCAGACAAAGAAUCCCAUACAGACUUGGUCGGGUAGUUGACGAGUGGCUACUCGAUAAAGGGAGACAGUUGACCAUCUUUAACAGCCAGGCAGCCAUUAAAAUUGGUGGUCAUGAUAAGGGUCGGCCGUUCCAGGGCCAAAUUUCAGGGCUCUACUACAACGGACUCCAGGUGCUGAAGCUGGCGGCAGAAAACGAUCCCAGCGUACAGGUGGAGGGGAACCUGCGUCUCGUCGGGGACUCGCUCUCCGUUUUGACCACGGACACUACUUCUGCCACCCCGCUGGCGGUGUCCGACAUGUCCACCACCAUCAUGGAGACCACCACCACCAUGGCUACCACCACCACCCGGAGGCAGCGAUCACCCAGCUUGAGGGAGAGCAUCUCAAAGCCGCUGAACUCUGAUGAUAUUUUGGUGGCAUCGGCCGAGUGUCCGAGUGAUGAUGAGGACCUUGAGGAGUGUGAACCGGGGACAGGAGGGGAAUUAGUGUUGCCUAUAAUAACAGUGGAUUCCCUUGAGCCCCCAUCCAUCGCCACCCGUUAUCCUGUCAUCCCUCCUCCCCCAACCCUCCUAUCCCCACUUGAAACCACCAAAGAGUCCCUGAUACUCCCUCCUCACCCUUCCUGCCCCCCGGACCAGGAGGACUGCGGUGACCCGAUGGAGGUCUCAGCCUUUGGCUCUGGGGAAAUGACGGAAUCAGACGACGAAGACUUUUACAAUAACAAAUCCCCAAUGGUCACUGACAGGACAGUCCUUCCUCCACCCCCCACCGCCGGUGAGGGUGGAGCCCGGAAACCCCGCCCCUUACCUCCUUAUGUUCCCACCACUAACCCUGACCAGCUCCACAUCCCCGCAGGCAAAAUGAACACCCGCGACCAGGUGCUCCUGCCGCCUCCUCCUCCAUCCUCCCGAAACACACCGGGACUAACUUACCCCCCCAAUUUUCCCCAUGUGCCCACAGCCAACCCCACUGCCUCUGAUGAAAAGAGCCCACCCGGUGCCGUGGAGGUGAUCAGGGAGGCCAGUAGCACCACGGGGAUGGUGGUUGGUAUCGUGGCUGCUGCUGCUCUCUGCAUUCUUAUCCUCCUCUACGCCAUGUACAAGUACCGCAACCGGGACGAGGGCUCCUACCAGACAGACCAGAGCAACAGUUUUGCCGUCAACUCCACCGUGGAGGGUAACGGAGCCGUGGUCAAAGACAAAAGCACGGCGACGGCCUCGGUGGCUAAGGCUAUCACAAAGGGCAAAAAGAACAAAGACAAAGAAUAUUACGUCUGAGAAAGGGGAAAUGAGAGAAGUGCGGACUGAGACAAGAGGACGGGUAGAGAUUCACUCGUUUCGCUGUUGAUUUCGUCGGGUCGACCAUCAGAGAAAUUUCACAGGCCACAAAAAAAAAAAAAACGACAGCACAAAGCGACGCUUGCUUUCGACAACCACUUUCAACCCAUUUCUUUUAUAAAAGUCAAGGUUGCCCAGCUCCUAUUUGUGAUGAAAUCCUCAUAUACUAGACAUGAUCUGACUAAUUAUGUGGUUCACAAUGUGCACUUUGUCUGUAUCCACUGAUUCUUUGAAAGAGUAUCUUUUUUUUUGUGUCUUCAAUGAGCUAGGCAGAGGCUUUGUACAUAGCAUGGUACAGUGAAGAAAGUGCUGAGAACAUCCGGACAGAUUUGCCUAAAUGUUUUCUUUGUACUUCUUUGUAACGCUGUAUCUCAAGUCCCAACGUCCCCAUUAUGAUAUAUGAAGCAGAACCAGUUAUUUCAUUUUUUUAUGUUAGAUAAGCGGAAAGCAGCGCAGUAAGUCCGACCACACUUAAAACAAAAGCCCUUAUAUUUGGAUUAGACACCAUCUCGGCCGUCUCCAUGUUGUGUGGUUUUAAAACGCCUCAGUCACUCUUCCUCUGUCAACAAGAUGUGGUAUUAUGUUGCUAGUGCAGUAUCGCAAAUGAAGCAUGAUAUUUAGCUCUCCAAGAGAAGAAGACAGCAUUUUUUACAGGGAAUAUUGAAACACCCAAUAUAAAGCAGGCAGUGGACAUUACAGUUUGAUGGAUCCGAAACACUUUUCAUGUGAGGUGUCGGUUUUGCCUGCCAGUACUCAAAGUGGGGAAGAUUAUGAACAGUGUGACAAUACGUCAGUACACGCUGGUAAAGGUAUUUCUCUGUAAACAUUGCUUAUAAAUGUACAUAUAGAGGUUAGCGGAUAGAAAAGGCAUUGUGUAAAGAGAAGAACAGGUGUGGAUUAAAAGAACGUGCAAGAUGCCCCCCCCCCCCCCCCCCCCCCCCACACACACACACACACACACACACACACACAUACACACACACAUACACAAUGGCGCAACAACAUCCCAAUGGUGCGGCCCGAACUUCACAGGAUUUUGGGGGGAACUUCGGUUAGAGGUUCAUCUUCUUGCAGCGACCUGCCUCAGCCGAGGUUGGAUCAUCUGGAUCUCCUUUCUGAAAGCUGUGCUGGGAUCGUUCAAAAAGCACAAAGAAAAUGUAAACAUAUCUUUGAGAAAUAGAUAAUCCUUGUAAAGCAGCCAAACAUGUAUUGUAUUUUAUAUCAGUUACUAAAAGACUAUUCUAUGAGAUGAAUAAUUGAAAGUUUGUGAAUCGUAUUGAUAUUUCUCUGAUAUUUGAUGUAUCUUGUUACCACUCUUCUUGACACAUUACAUUUUAGAUUGCCUUUUACUUAAAUCCAGACAAAAAGCACACUUUCCUCAGAUAGCCACAAAUACCUUUUCUUUUUACGUAAUUUACAGAUUACAUUAUGCAGAGAAAACACAAGGAUGGAAAAAACAUGUUUUUUUGUCGCAAUGUGGAUUUUUUUAUGUGCUGAAUCUGUUGCUCAAUGGAUCUGAUAAUAUAAAGCCAUUUUCUCUGUUGAAUUAUGUCUACAUUUACUUAUUCAUAAUAUGUGAUUUCCUGUUAUUUUUUAUGAAAGUGCCGUUUAACAUGAGCUGCUCAGCGUUCAGAAAAUAUUCCAUUCCUCACUCAUUGCUAUUGUAUAGUGUUCAUGUGAAAUGGAUCUUAAUAUAUGUACAGAACGUGGAUAAAGAUGAAAAUACACUUGAUUAUAUACUUUGUACA